AUGAGUUUACUUCAAUUGUUAACCGAUUAUUACGAUUCUGUAAUAGAAUCUGAAAAUAUUUAUCAUAAACAUGUAAUUCAAACCUUAUUGGAAUCUUCAUCAAAUAAUAACAAAAAUAAUAAUAAAAAAUAUACUAAGAAUGGCCGUAAUAAAAUGUAUAACAACUUUAAUGAGAUAUUGACAUUACAAAAGCAAAUAAACCAAUUGCAUGCCAACAUAACGCUUUUAAGUAAGGAAAAUGAAAAAUUGAAGAAUAUUAAUUUAACACAAAGAGCCUUUUGGGAAAGUAAGUUGGAUUCAGCGAAACAUCAAAUAGGUAAACUAACGGAAAAUUUAGCCUCCAUCAAGGAUAGUUCUACUGAUGUAGAAACUGAUGAGAGACUUCGGAGUUACAAUGUUGAUAAAAACUAUCAUCUGAAUCCAGUAGAACAUUGCAACAAAAAAAGUGUACUCAAUAAUAAUAAUGGAAAUGGCAACACUAAACUUCAACGAAAAGUACAUUUGCUGACUCCAAGAAAAAAUAAUCAAAUUCUAGGAGCAGAUAUGGUAGAUAUUACAUCAAGAAAUAAUAUACCUAGAUUGAGAGAUGUCUUGAAUAAAAAAACAAUAUUUGAUGUUAAUGGCGGCUAUUCUAGUAGUGCUAAUAGCGAUCAUAAUAAAGAAUCUGGAGAAGAAGAAGAAGAAAAAAAAGAAGAAGAAGAAGAAGAAGAAGAAGAUGAUGAUGAUGAUGAUGAUGAUGAUGAUGAUGAUACAGAUGAUCUUGAUUUCAUAAAAAUUCAAAAAAUUACCAAGUAUAAUGUUAAUUUCUUAGCUGACCGCAAUAAAAACAAUUCUAUGAUUAAAAGAAAGUUUAAUGAUGGUACGUUACCAACUUAUCUACCGCCACCACCAACAUCAUCAUCGCUUCCAGAUAGGAGUGUAAGUAUGAAUGACAACAUAAAGGAUUCACAAGAAGAUUUAACUUUGCAUAAAAACAGCAACAGUACCAAAAGAAGGAAAUUGUCAAAAGUUAAAAUAAUAAGUGAUACGUGA